AUGUCUGUACAAAUGAAAAGUAUACAAUUCAAUUUUCAUGGUUUACUAGCACUAGUUCAAAUUCUGGUGAGCCCUCUGGUGUCCAUCAGUCAUGCCAUCGAAUUUUUUAUGUUUCAAAUGGUUGUAUGGUACGACUUAUAUAUGUAUACACCACUACAAAUUCAUCUAUCACCUUGCAUGGCUCGGAUUCCUCGCUUCAUUCGAAUCGGUGAUCAAUGCAUAACUGUAUUUAAUGCUAAUAUUGUCACAUAUUCACGAACACUUCUUAUCAUGCCAAUAGCUUGGUGUCUAAAAUAUAAUUAUCCGGUUCUGGCAUGUCUAUUAGUUGUUUUUCAUGAUUUUCUUGAUCAUGUCGAUGGCAUUGUUGCAAAAGUACAAAAACGUCUCUAUGGUGAAAAUAUCGAUGAUCCUGUAUUGGGUGGCUUUAUGGAUGCAUUCUGCGAUAAAAUUGUUAAUAUUUUUUGUCUUUGGACAAUUUUACAAGAAACACAUUUCGAACAAACAUCUACAUUUGUCUCAAUUGGAUUUAUUGUUUUAUGUUAUACGAUCAUUGGUCUUGAAACAGCUAUUGGCGUUGUUCGUGUACAAGAUUACUUUUAUGCUGCUCUCAAUAAAAAUAAAGUAUCUUGUCAAGGUUCAACAUCGGCUGCAAUGGAGGGAAAAUUAAAAGAAAAACUUGAAUCAAUGGGAUUAGCAUUUUUAUGUCUAUCAACAGGUCAUCUUUCUCCAUUUAAUCAUUGGUCUGGUAUGACGGGGGUUAUAUGUUUUUCAUUGACAAUACGAUUGGCUUAUGCAUCGUUAAUGAAAAAAUUACAAGCACGAGAAAUAGUCAGCGCAAAAAAGAAAGCCACAUCUACUGGUGUAACAUCAGAAACGGUUUCUCCUUCAGUAUCACCCAUUAAUAAAACUAUUGCAGUAAUUAAUGCAUUUAACUCGUUAACCAAUGUAAAAUCUCGAAGUCGCGCACUGACAAUCGAUUCUUUAGUGCGAGAAAAUGAAAAACAAAAACGUCUAAAUCCUCAAACGAGUCGUUCAUCAUCAACUACAGGAAGUACAUCAAGUAUAACCAAUGGCCAUGUAUCACCUAAUAUUUUCAAAAAUAUAACAAAUCCAUUAAUCAAUCAUAUCAAUGAUAUUCGAGAAGAAAACGAUGACCGUAGUAGUUCAUCUUCUGCAUCUGAAUGUCAAGAAGAUUAUCUUCAUAAUCUUCCACGUAGUUCAUCGUUACCAGCAAUGUGGCUUGAUGGUCGAGCUGAUAAAGUUUAUACUAUUGGCUGUUUUGAUCUAUUCCAUGAAGGUCACCGUCUUCUUCUUCAACGUAUGCGACAAUUUGGCCGUGAAGUUAUUGUCGGUGUACAUGAUAGUAGAAGUAUUCAAAAAUUAAAAAAUCGAGUACCAGUUGAUGGGACAGAAACACGUAUGCUUAAUGUUAAACGUUAUGCUGAUCAAGUCUAUUGUGUAGCUGGCACAGAUCCAUCGGUUUUUGUUAAAUCUAUCGUACACUUAAAUGAAAAUGAAACAGCACUUUAUGUACGUGGUGAUGAUAUGGCAGAUUUUCCAUCAAAACAUGUUGUAGAAGAAUUAAUGCCUGUCAAAUUUUUACCAUAUACAAAUGGUGUAUCAAGUACAAAGUUAAGAAAAGAAUUAUUUUCACAUAUUAAAGAAAAUGAUAUGGAACAUUUAGAAAAAAUUAAUUAG